UCAGAGCUACUAAACAGUGUUGACAAAUUCAAAAAAAUGUAUUUGAAAACAAAUCAAAUCAAAAAAUGGCAAAUUUCGUUUUUAUUAUAGGGACCGUUAAAGCCAUUAAAGGAAAGAAAUAAUUAUAUCUUUAUUUUAUCCGAGGGCUGCAUAACGCACAGGGCUGUAGUGUAUGGUUAGUUAAAAACACCUGUUCAACGGUAGGGGUGCAUUAAACACAGGGCUGUGCAAUUGGGAACAUCUGUUUUGUUAAGACAAUGUCUAUUUUACACACGAUUACAAAAUUUCUCUCAAAACGUUUGUUAACACAAGGUACUGGCAAUGGCAUUAAACAAAAUUACUUGCAUAUCGGUACCAAACCACAUACAAAAACUAGAACAUCGAUAAAAAUAUCAGCAGUACGCAGUAUAUGGGGCUAUGUGGCGGUGGCCUUCAACCAGGUGGAUAAGGAUCGUUUGAGACGGGUGGGUCCGAAUCGUCUCUGUGCUGAAUGGAUACUAAAAAAUGGUGGAGGUGUACGAAUGACAGAAAAUCCUACCAAACUGUGGAAGGAAUACAAUCAUCUGCCAGCGGAGAAUACGCCGUUUCGUAUUAAAGUUGUGGACGCAACCAAUUCAUCGAUCAUGAAAAUUGGUUUACAUCAUUUUGAAGGCUGCAGGAACAUAGACACCGUAAUCUUUCACAAAUGCAAGCAUCUGGAAAACGACGGUCUGGAGGGUUUGGCAUAUCUAAGCCAGUCGUUGGCUAAUCUACAGGUAUCCGGUUGCUAUAAUAUCAGAGACUCUGGCCUAGCUUUUAUUAGCCACCUAAGAAAUUUGAAACAGUUGCUCAUCUUCGAUAUGCCCUACGUUCAGAAUAUGGAUGAGGUGGCCAACAAACUAAAAAAAAGUCUACCUGAAUGUGACGUACAGGCCAACAAAUUUGGAGUACAGUUUAAAAAGUAAUACACCUUCUUUGCCAAAAAAAUCGAAUUGAAAUUGUUAAUUUUUGCAAAUAUAAAUGAAAUGAGUUAAGUAGCUCGAUGGACUUCUGAGUAGUAUAGUCAACAAUACAGGCAUAUUUCGAUAUAUGGGAUAUGUAUGCUAGCGAAAGCUUUAAUAGGUCUGCAAUCAAUGAAGGAGUCAAGCGGUUUUCAUUACCGAGUGCCUACUAUACUACACAUAGUAUCUAAUUACUGAAUUGUGACUAAACUAUAUAUAUUCGUAAUAUCUGUGAUCCUCUCAUGGAUAAGCUAUAUAUGGGCAAGUUUAAUGAAGUCUUAUAUAAAAAAUAAAUAAAAAACUGAUCCUCUGCUGCCUUAUCGAAGGCAGCACAGCAAAUCUUUAUAAACUCAAAAAA